GGACUUCCGGUUUGUAAUGCACCUGAGGCUUGAGUGGAAGUGUUUUUUACGGUCGGUUUUUAGUCGGAAAACAGUCAUAACAGCGUGGUCGGAGCCGGUUUCCUGCACCUCCAGGGUAACGAGGCCUUCUCCUGUGGACAACAAAUGAAAUUAAGAGUAACCUCCCUUCUGACAUAACAGAGACUUCUUCUUCAAAAAAAAAAAAAAAAAACAAUACAUAGCAGAGCAGAAGUGGAACUUCUAGUUGUGUGUGUUUUUGUGUUCGGGGAAUUUCCCUGUCAUUUGUUGUUGCCUGGGAAAUUUCAGCGCAGACACAAACAAUGAAUGUGAGAAAAGUGGAGCGAACGGUUUUGAGCGUGGAGCAGGGAGAGGGAGUCGGCGCUCGGGUGCGCAGGAGCAUCGGGAGAAAAGAGCUGAGGAAUUUGGAUCCUUUUCUGAUGUUGGACGAGUUCAGAGUGGGAAAACCCGCGGGUUUUCCAGACCAUCCACACCGAGGAUUCGAGACGGUAUCAUACGUUUUAGGGGGGGUCCUCGCCCACGAGGACUUCUGUGGACAUUCAGGACGACUGAAACCUGGAGAUCUGCAGUGGAUGACUGCAGGUCGGGGAGUGGUGCAUGCGGAGAUGCCCCACUCGGAGGAGCCGGUGGUGGGUUUGCAGCUGUGGGUGAACCUGCCGAGCCGAGACAAGAUGGUGGAGCCGGUGUACCAGGAGCUGAGAGGCUCCGAGAUCCCCAAACCCAGCCAGGGGGGGGUGACGGUCGCUGUGAUAUCUGGAGAAGCUUUAGGAGCAAAGUCUAAAGUCUUUACAAGGACGCCAACCUUAUACCUGGAUUUCAAGCUGGAGGAAGGAGCCCUUCAUGUGCAGCCAGUCCCUUCAGGUUGGACUGCGUUCAUCUAUACGCUGUCAGGAACUGUUCACGUUGGGCCAGAUGAGGAGCAGCAGCACGUAGAGCCUCAUCACACUGUGGUGUUUGGAGAUGGAGACUGUGUCAAGGUGGAAAACAAGGGCCCUGAGCUUUCCCAUUUCGUGCUGAUUGCUGGACAGCGACUCGGAGAGCCCGUGGUACAACAUGGUCCAUUUGUAAUGAACACACAGGAAGAGAUCAAUGAGGCCAUCAUGGACUACCGGAAUGGCAGAAAUGGGUUUGAAAGGGCUAAAAACUGGAGAUCGACAAUCAGCAAUUCCUCUUGAACACUACAUAGUGCGAGGUUUUGUCAAAACAAGAUUAUUUUUGUCUAUAUUGCUGAAGAACAUAGGAAUUUAGUGUAUGGGGUGUGCGCUGUAUGUUGGUACAGGUUAUUACUGUCUUUAUCAGACAACCUAUUUGAGCUUUAAAUCCAUAUUUGAUAUAUUAAAUUAUGGUGACAACGAAAAAUAUCAGAUUUGCAAUCAAGAGAAAAUGCCCCUCUGGUUUGUAACGGAGAAAAGAACAGCAGGUCCCAUGUUGUAGCACAAUCAUUUUCUCUCAUGCGUCGCCCACGAGUGCCUCAGGUUCCCUGCAGAUCUGUCGUUACAGCGUUGGUAAGUGGCCUUUACAUCUCUGUCCCUGUUUUAAGAUAAGCUCGAGCUUGAUUGUAAAGCGCUUUUUGUUGCUUACAACAUUGUAGAAGGGCUUUUCAUGGCAGCCGUUGCCGGCUUUUGUGUGCCGUUUGUGUGUGUGUGUGUGUGUGUGUGUGUUUGAAGGAUCAUUAAAUCGAGUUACGUCAGGGAUUCUCAGGGUCGCCUGUUAGAUGCUUUUGAAAUGUCUGGCAUGCUGCCUUACAUUGUCUGAUACUGUUGCACUAACACUUUGGUUUUUUAUUAUUAUUAUUAUUAUUGUUCGUCUUCAUUCAUUAAUCUUAAUGACACUGAAAACAAAUCCAGUCAUAAAUGUGUGUUUUAAUGAAAUUAGUCAUGGUAAUCCAAUGAAAUGUUUUUACUGGAAUGUCUUCCCCCGACUUUUCCUGCUGUUCUCAAAAAUGAAGGUUUGUUUGGUUUUGCUUUUUUGUUCUAAAUGUGUUUUUUUUUUUCUUGCUGAAGUCCCAAAUGGAAGCAGAUUGAUAUUUAUCAGUACCGAAUAAUCUUUAAUAGUUUUUUCAAACUCUUAACACAGCAGCGUCGUACUCGUUUCUCAGUCGGGCUGUAAAAAUAAAUCGAUAUGUAAAUAACUUCAAACUCAUCUUUCAUUUUCUGUGCAAACAACUACAUCAUAAAUAUCACUUGUCUAAAGCACAAUAUCCCAUGAUUUCUGUUUCAUUCAGAAUAAUCAGCUGGAAAAGCAAUUUUCCAAAAAGAUUCUUCAUAAUGUUUUUGCCAGGAAUAAUAUCCUGGAAUCCUGAAGCCUCCGGCGAGUGCCGCCCCUCUGUGGGGAUGAUUUAUCAGAUUUUUUUUAAAAAAUACGAAGGUUUCCAAAAACUCCUGUUAUAAAUAAUAUAUGAACUCAAUGAUCAAUAA